GACCCUUCCACCGCCAGCAUUCCAUCAUCCCCCGGGUUCCGACACCCAAACCCACCCCCCAACCCCAACACCUUCGCGAUGCCGCCCUCACCCCGACUCCCCUCCCUCCAGGCUACGAAGGCUAUGACUACUACAGCGCCCCGAGCUCAGCCUCCGGCACCGCUGCCAGCUACAGCUACGGCCCCACUGCCACCCCCAGCUCCUGGGACACCCCCAAAGCCCCUGAGCUGCCCCUCAGCGACGUCGGCAUCGCCUCGUACAGCAGCGAUCCCGCUCCCAGCGACAACUCUGACUCCAUCAUCGCCAAAAUCAACCAGCGCCUCGACAUGCUGUCCAAGGAGGGCAGCGGCGGGGCCGGGGAGGGCGUGGAGGAGCAGGAGAGCUCCUUCAGGUUCGACUCCUUCGACUCCUACGACUCCCGAUCCUCCCUGCCCGACCACGACGCCUUCCGCUCCCCCUACGACUACGAAUCCGGCCCCGACCGCUCCGAUUCCUUCGGGAGCCACUUCGACAGCCGCCGGGACCAAACCCGAAGCCGAGGCGGCGCUUACGGCGCGGUGCGCGGCCGGGGCCAGAACCGACCUCAGAACCGGGGCCGCCCCAACACUUACGGUCGCCCCGAACACUUCAUGCCCUCAUCCAGCUCCGAGCGGCUGUCGGCGCGCUGGAACGAGCUGAACUACAUGGGGGGCCGCGGCGGGGGGCCCAACCGCCUGCCCUCCCUCUUCUCCCAAGCCCUGGUCCCCGAAUACGGCGACUACGGGGACUACGGAGACUAUGGGGACUACGGGGAUUACGGCGACUACGGGGAUUACGGCGACUACGGCGUGAUGGGGAUGUCGGGCAUGGGAAUGGGGCGCUACGGGAGCGUGCCUUACGGAUACGGAGCAGGGCGGCAGCGCAGCCAGGAGCGCAUGGGCAGUGCGCCGUGGCACGGGAACAUGCUGGGGCCCAAAAGGAGAGGAUUCCGAAACCGCUCCGGGGUCCGAUCUGACGGUGAGGGGGGGCGCAAACGGAAACAGUCUCAGAGUGGUGAUGAGCCUGACAGCAAACAGGCAAAGAGCGACAGCGACGGCGACGACACCGACAACGCAGAUGAGGGCGAAGGAGAGGAGAAGUCAGGAGAUGAAGCUGACAAAGCAUCUGGAGAUGGCUAUGAGGAGGAUGAUGAGGAGAUGAAGAAGAAGAGGGAGAAGCAGAGGAGGAGGGACAGGAUGCGUGACCGCGCCAUGGACAGGAUCCAGUUCGCCUGCUCCGUCUGCAAAUUCCGCAGCUUUGAGGAAGAGGAGAUCCAGAAGCACCUCCAGAGCAAGUUCCACAAAGAGACCUUGCGCUACAUCGGAACCAAGCUGCCCGACAAGACGGUCGAGUUCCUGCAGGAGUACAUCGUCAACAGGAACAGGAAGAUCGAGAAGCGGCGCCAGGAGCUGACAGAGAAGGAGGGCACGAAGCAGAAGCCGGAUCCCUUCAAGGGCAUUGGCCAGGAGCACUUCUUCAAGAAGAUCGAGGCCGCUCACUGCAUGGCCUGUGACAUGCUGAUCCCUGCCCAGAGCCACCUCCUGCAGCGGCACCUGCGCUCCGCAGAGCACAACCGGAACCGCAGGAUGGCCGCCGAGCAGUUCAAGAAGACCAGCCUGCACGUGGCCAAGAGCGUCCUGAACAACAAACACAUCGUCAAGAUGCUGGAGAAGUACCUCAAGGGAGAAGAUCCGUUCACGGAUGAGAUCCCGGAGGAAGGAGAAGGGAUGGAAGGAGCGAGCGGAUGCGGCGCCGCGGACGUGGCUGGUUCGGGAGACAACAGCACAGAGCUGGGGGAUCUGUGCGACGUCCCCAAGGAUCCGGGUGACGGCGGCAAGGACCUGGCCGACAACGAGGACGGCUGUGACGGCACCGAGGUCACGGCUGAUGCUGAUGCUGAUGCUGAAGGUCCGGGUGACGACGCGAACGAACCGGGUGACGCCGGCGAGCCGGGCGAUGCCAGAGCUCCGGGUGACGGCACCGAGGACACGGGGGACACCGCGGGCGCGGAUCCGCCAGCCCCAGAAGAGCCCCAUGAGGAGUUCCUCCGCUGCCCCCCCCGGCCCCCGCUGCUGCCCCCGUUCCUACAGGACGAGGAUGUCCCCCAGGAUGAAGAACCCCCCCAAGAUGAGGAACCCUCCAGAAGCGGACCUGAGGGUGGGGAGAAAGAAGAGGAGGAGAAGGAAGCAGCUCCGGCAGCAGCUGAGCAACUCUGAGUGUCCCCACACCGUUGAAAAACGAUGGAAUCCGUCCACACUUCCCCAAGAACGAACGUGAGGACGGCGCCGCUUCGGUUCUGGGGGCGUUGCGUUGGAAUUUUAGGAUUGAGAAGUCAUCGUUUGUUGGUUGGUUUGGGGGAAUAAAUUGGAUUGUAUCUGC